UUCGACACUAGUUCAAAACUUAAGAUAGUUUGGUAACUGACGGCGCUCGGGGACCCUUUUCGCGGUGCUUGCUCGGCUGCUCCGCCGCCCGCGCCGCACGGACCGCCGCCUUGCGCCGCUGGCCCUUGCCGCUACGCGGCCUUCCCAUAGCCCCUGCCCAUCGGACGCUGGACGCGCUGUCGUCUGACUGUCUGGACCAGUCGCCACCUCGCCGCUCUCUGCCCGCCAGCCACCUGACUGGGUGGUGCUGCGCAGGUAUCUACCGCCGGUGCUAGAGGGGAACCAGGCGUCCGGCGGCGGGAGCCGGUGAUCGAACCCCAUCUAGCACCGGCGGGGGACUUCGCCUAUCGCAUAGCCUCCGCCGUUCGCUGGUCCUCCUGUGCACACCACCUGCUCGACCGAAUGCCCCGCUAGACCAGGGCGGCUGACUCCAUGUCCUUCCUGGCAUCUGGCCGCGGCCGCUUCCUCCGGGAAAUCUCCAGGCACCGUCCAGCCCUGCAAGGACGUUACACUGCGUGCUUCCGGCGUCACAAGGCACAUUUCUUGCUUGACGGGAUUGAGGAUGCAGCGGAGAGCACCAUCGGAUCGCAGGAACCACCGGUGUCUCUGGCGAAGAGCCUGGCCUCUCUCGCUGAGGAGUCAACCAUUGCUGCUCAGAGGCAGCGGAAGCCCCUGUCACGGAUGGAGCGCAAGAGGCUGGCCGAGCUCCGGAUUAAAAAGAGGGUCAAGGCGCAGUAUUUGAACGGCAAGUUUUACGAUCUCAUGGGUAAGGUGGUGGCUAGUGCUGAUACGUUGGAGGAUGCUUACGACAUUGUCCGGCUGAAUUCUAAUGUCGAUCUGGCGUCUCCAAGGGACGAUGUUUGCUUCAUCGCAUUGGCGGAGCAGCUCAGGAGCGGCGAGUUUGAUAUCACAUCGAAUUCUUUCUCUGUUGCUGCAAAGAGGCAAGGAGGAGAGCGCAUUGUUCUUCCACGGCUCAACUUGAAAGUUAUCCAGGAAGCAGUUAGGGUGGUGCUUGAGGUUGUUUUCAGACCUCAGUUCUCCAAGAUAUCGCAUGGUUGUCGGAGUGGGCGAGGAUAUCACUCAGCUUUGAGGUUCAUAUCCACUGAAAUUGGGGUUCCAGAUUGGUGCUUUACUGUCCCCAUGUACAAGGAGGUAGAUAGUAAUGUAGUCUUAAAGCUUAUUUCACAAAUACAGGAAAAGAUUGUUGAUGACCAGUUAGUGGCAUUCAUGCAAGAUAUGUUUGAUGCCGAGGUGAUCAAUUUGGUAUUUGGAGGGUUUCCCAAGGGCCAUGGAGUUCCUCAAGAAGGAGUACUUGCACCAAUCCUGAUGAAUAUAUAUCUUGACAGUUUUGACCACGAAGUAUUUAGGAUUUGCAUGAAACAUGAAGGCCUUUAUUCAGGGGCAAAAAAUGUUACAGAGAACCAGGGCUCCAAGUUGCGUCACUGGUUUAGAAGUCAAAUGAAGGACGGGGAUGUAAAUAAUGAAGAUCAAACAGAGGGCCAGCCAAACGUGAGAUUAUAUGCUUGCAGAUACAUGGAUGAGAUUUUUGUUGCAGUUGUGGGGUCCAGAGACAUAGCAGAAACUGUAAAGUCUGAAGUUGUUGAUUACUUAAGCAAAUCGCUUUACCUGAAAGUUGAUGAUGGAUUGUGUCUUGUGCCAGUAAAAAAGGACUCUCGGGGGUUGCAGUUUGCUGGCACUGUAGUUAAGGCAGCAACAAAAGAAAGUGCUGCACUGAAAACUGUUCAUAAGCUGAAGGAGAAGGUCCGUUUAUUUGCUUGUCAGAAGCAAGAGAUAUGGGAUGCUAUGAAUCUUAGGUUAGGAAAGAAGUGGUUGGCAUAUGGUUUGAGGAGGGUAAAGGAGUCUGAGAUCAAGUCACUUGGUCUUAGUACUCCGUUGCUGGAUCACAUUGCACAAUUUAGGAAAGAGGGCAUGAAGACAGAUCAUUGGUUCAAGACUUUACUUAAGGUAUGGAUGCAGGACAUCGAUGCCAAAAAUGAAGCUAAUGAGGAGGUGCUCCUGUCAAAAUACAUUGCUGAACCAGCACUUCCGCAGGAACUCAGAGAUGCUUUUAACAACUUUCAGAAGCAAGCUAAUGAUUAUAUCUCAUCAGAAACUGCUGCUACAGAAGCACUGUUGUCCAGCUUGAAGAAUAAGGAAUCAAUGUAUACCUGCCCUGAUGAUGCUGCCAUUAAGAUUUAUGCGCCUCUUAGUUAUAUCAAGAAGUGCCUCAAUCGCUAUGGUGUAACUAAUCUUGAAGGUUUCCCUAAACAUGUUUCAGCCCUUGUUUUGCAAGAUGAUGAGCUAAUCAUAAGUUGGUUUGCAGGAAUAAUUCAUCGUUGGGUAAGAUGGUUCUCUGAGGUUGACAAUUUUAAAGAGCUUCAACUUAUGUUAGUUGAAUGUGUCAGGAAGUCCUGCAUUCGGACACUAUCUGCAAAGUACCGAAUGUACGAAAAAUUGACAGAAAAGCGGUUUGAACUUGAUGAUUAUGGCAUUCCAAUGGUCGAGGACUUUGAGGCAAUGAUAGCACAGCUAGAACCUAGUUCUUCCUCAGUUUCCACUGAUGAAGCUCUGACGUAUGGCAUUUCUAGUAGUGGCUUAUGUGUGCUCACCCUCUCAAGAGUUAGAGUCCCUGCUCGGAAAUUCAACUGCUUUGUCAUGGGCUGCCAAUCUUCGUCACCAAGUUUGUACAUCAUUCAUGUGAAGGAGAAACAGCGGUUUCCAGGAUGGAGGACAGGGUCAUGUUCACGGCACUCCGAUUCCAAGAGGCUGGAAGUCUGCUGUUUCAAGGUCAUGCUGUACAUGCCCAUCUAAGCGUCUAGAAGUAUGCUGCUGUCAAAGAAGGCAGCAGGAGGUCGCCGCCAUGAGGGUCCGUCAUUUGUUUUAGUUGCUCUCAGGGAUUAUCAGGCAAAUACAGCUAACUGGAAAGGCUACUGGAGGUCACUUCUAAUUUGGAGUGUUCUUAUUGCCAAUGGUUUCUUCCUCCUUCAUCAGGCCUAUGGAACUCUGAGCAACGCCGGCCUGAGCUGCCAUCAAAUCUGCGAGUUGGGCGAUCUGCCGUUCGCCGGAGUGAUGGAUGCCGCGGUGCACGUUCUCGUGUUCCCAUGGCCAAGGCAGGGACACAUCAACCCCAUGCUCCAUUUCGCCACCGCCCUUGUCGACGCCGGCGUCCAAGUCACCUUCCUCCACACCGAGCACAACCUCCGCCGCCUUGCCCAGGUGCCUCUGCCACCUCGCCUACGCUUGCUUUCUAUCCCUGACGGCCUCCCGGACGACCACCCUCGCAGCUUCUUGGAGCUCUUGGAGUCCAUGUGCACGACCAGCAGCGCCGCGUACCGUGCCCUGCUCUUGUCCGCCGACGCCCCGGUGACAUGCGUUGUCGCCGAUGGCACCAUGCCGUUUGCCAUCGACAUCGCCGAGGAGCUCGGCAUCCCGGCGCUCGCUUUCGCCACGCAGAGUGCGUGCAGCUACCUGGCACUCCUGUCUAUGCCCAGGCUCGUCGAGCUCGGCGAGAGCCCCUUCCCCACGGACGACCUGGUGUGCGGUGUUCCGGGGAUGGAGGGCUUCCUCCGGCGCCGAGAUCUUCCUCGUGGACUCUACUGCGCUGAACAAGGCGACAGAGACCCCUGGAUGCUCAAGCUUGCCGAGGUCACCGCUCGUUCCAGCAAGGCAUGUGCACUCAUACUCAACACCACCGCGUCCAUGGAGCAGCCAGCGCUGGCUCACAUUGCGUCGCACACAAGCGACGUCUUCGCUGUAGGCCCACUGCACGCCAGGUCAAGGCUCACCGCAAGCGCAAGCCUGUGGCAGGAGGACGACGGGUGCAUGGCGUGGCUGGACGGCCACGAGGACCGGUCCGUCGUGUACGUGAGCCUGGGGAGCCGCGCGGUGAUCACGCAAGAGCAGUUCACCGAGUUCCUCUCCGGCCUGGUAGCUACUGGAUACGCCUUCCUCUGGGCGCUCCGACCGGACAUGGUCCAGACGACCAGCUCUGCGCUCCUCCGAGAAGCCGUCGGGGCAGUGGAGGGCAGCAAGGCGCACAUUCUUGAGUGGGCUCCUCAGCGGGACGUGCUGCGGCACCGGGCGGUGGGCUGCUUCCUGACACACGCCGGCUGGAACUCGACACUGGAGUGCGCCUUGGAGGGCGUGCCGAUGGUGUGCUGGCCCUUCUUCUCUGACCAGCAGAUCAACAGCCGCUUUGUGGGCGCCGUGUGGAGGACGGGGCUGGACAUGAAGGACGUCUGCGAGAGAGGCGUCGUUGAGAGGACGGUGAGGGAGGCCAUGGUGUCCGACAAGAUCAGGGGGGUGGCCCAAGCUAUGGCGCAGCAGUUGAGGCUGGAUGUCGCGCAGGCGGGGUCGUCGUCAUCCGAGUUGGAGCGGCUCGUCCGCUUCAUCAGGGAGCUCAGCAUCAGGUCCUGUUGAAGCCCAGAACCAAUGAGGACUAGCACAGCCUCUCAUGCACUACAUGUUCAGUUUCAGUCUCAGAACUUAUUCUAGCAUUUCCCGAACAAAUAUAUGGAAAGAUGAGGAAAUGUAAGAGGAAUUUGGUCUGUUGACUUGACACCAUUUCAAGGCAGUUCCCCACAAUUAUGUUCUUGUGAUAUAUAUUCAGAUGUGCCAAUUUUUACUUUGGUAGGCACUUGGUUCUAUUUACUUUGUAAGAGGAAAAUUAUGCUUAUUAGUACCAGUAAGUCCUCAUGAGAAACACAGCUUCUUAUGAGCAUGCAUGAGCAUCUUUCUAUUCAAGUAUGACUGGUUAA